CUCUGUGUUUCAGAGUAUUUAUAGAAAAACUGAAAAAAAAUUACAACUGUUUUUUCUUUCUAUCAUCAGAGUGCUAUAAAAGGAGUUAACAUAGGUCUGAACUAAAUAGCUCUUUGAGGAACUGACAUUCAUUUGUACUGACAUGGAUUUCCUACAGCAAGACAUAAUAAUUUCUACAUCAGCUGGCAAGGAGAAGCAGCAGGUCUCAGCAGCAGUGAGAGACAAUGGACAGACACCUGCUGACUUCAGCAGUAUCUACAGCAAAGAUCUGCUCCCAGCUGCAGGAGGCGAGGAGAUGACCAGAGGGUUCCUGCAGGAGCUGGUUCACAUCCUGUUGACCUACAUCAGCAAGUCCAGUCAGAGGAGCUCCAAGGUCCUUGACUUCCACCACCCUCACCAGCUGAGGGAGGGGCUGGACGGCUUCAGCCUGGAGCUGCCCGACCAACCAGAGAAUCUGGAGCAGAUCCUGGUGGACUGUAGAGACACUCUCAAGUAUGGUGUCCGUACAGGUCAUCCCCGUUUCUUGAACCAGCUGUCUUCAGGUCUGGAUGUGAUUGGUGUAGCAGGAGAGUGGUUAACCUCGGCAGCCAACACCAACAUGUUCACAUAUGAGGUGUCUCCUGUUUUCAUUCUCAUGGAGGAGUUUCUGCUGAAGAAGAUGCAAAGCAUUGUGGGAUGGUCUGCGGAUGUGGGAGAUGGAAUAUUCUGUCCAGGAGGAACAAUAUCCAACCUGUACAGCAUCCUGGUGGCCAGAUACCACUUCUACCCCGAGGUGAAGACCAGAGGCAUGGGAGCCCUGCCCCGGCUGGCCCUCUUCACCUCAGAACAUAGUCACUAUUCAGUGAAGAAAUCUGCCUCCGUGCUGGGGAUGGGCAGCGAGAAUGUGUUCGUGGUGAAAUGUGAUGAAAGAGGGAAAAUGAUUCCUGCUGACCUCGAGUCUUCCAUUGUUGCAGCUAAAGAAAAGGGUUUGGUUCCAUUCUAUGUGAAUGCGACAGCAGGAACCACGGUGUACGGAGCCUUCGAUCCUCUCAACGCCAUUGCUGACAUCUGCCACAGACACACACUGUGGAUGCAUGUUGAUGCGGCGUGGGGUGGAGGCCUGCUGAUGUCAGACAGACACAGGAUGAAACUACAGGGCAUUGAACGAGCCUGGUCCGUCACCUGGAAUCCUCACAAGAUGAUGGGCGUCCCUCUGCAGUGCUCUGCCAUACUGAUCAAGAAGAGGGGUCUCUUACAGGGGUGUAAUGAGAUUGGGGCCACUUACCUCUUCCAGACGGACAAACACUACGAUGUGAACUACGACACCGGAGAUAAGAGCAUCCAGUGUGGCCGACAUCAGGACGUCUUCAAGCUUUGGCUCAUGUGGAAGGCAAAGGGCUCCCAGGGAUUUGGAUCUCAGGUCAACAAAUGCUUAGAGAAUGCAGAAUAUCUGUACGUUCAGCUGCAGAGGAGGACUGACUUUGAACUGGUCUUCAAACACAAACCGGAGCACAGUAACGUGUGUUUCUGGUACCUCCCCCCCAGCCUGAGGGGCCUGCAGCCUGGCCCUGACAGAGACAUGAGGCUCCAUCAGGUGGCUCCUCGGAUCAAAGGCAGGAUGAUGGAGAAGGGCUCUCUUCUGAUUGGCUAUCAGCCGUUGGGUGACAAAGUCAACUUCUUCAGGUGUGUGUUCUCCAACCCGGCCACACAACAGGAGGACAUCGACUUCCUGCUGGAGGAGAUCGCCCAGUUGGGAGAGGACUUAUGACCUGUGAUGUGAUUAUUGGAUCUGCACUUCUCUCCGGUUUUCAUUUUGAAGGAAAUUAGUGCACCAUCGUUUUACUGUGCCAUUCACAUUGUAUCCACACUUUCUAUAAGCCUUUCCACUUUUGGUGUUCUUACAGCGUUAAAGUGAGGAGGUUUGAAACUGUACACUAUUUAUUCAUGUUUCCCAUGGUUCUACAGGGUUAUCUGGUGUGAGGUUUUAGAGUCGUCUUAAUCAAGUUAAUGUACCUGAACAUGUUUUUAUCGUGAUACCCCUUGAGAUACUGCAGACCAGAGGAGAAUGACACAGGCUUUGAAAAAGGUAAUUCAUAUGCAAAAAAAAUACAAUCAUAUGAUCUCACAGACGGGAAAACCAAAAGACAGAAAGUGAAACUAGACAAGACACAAAGAGAACAUUAUUUUCAAAAGGAUCAUGACACCUAUUGAUCAUGGGCAUUGGACAGUGAAAUUGAUAGGCUUAGCAUAGAAUACAUCUCCAUUCAGACAUAUUGUGAUUAUGGAUAGUGUUUAAUAUAUCUUUUGAAUAAAUUAUAAGGCAUAUUAAGCACAAGCCUGUAAAUGUUUGAAUGGGAAAUGUUUAUUUGCUCAUGUUAUUUUUAUCAUGCUGUGAUUUUAGUAUUUUCUUAUUAAUCAGGGUAAAGGCUCACUUUCAUUCAUGUCAUGUGAUUGCUGGGCAGUCUUUGUAGGUAGCGGUGAGGUGGCCAUGCACAUUUAUAAACCAGCACAUAUUAAACAGCCAGUUAAUACAGUAUAUUUUUAGAUCAGUUUAAUCUCUGUGUUUUAUCACAAUGUAAUCUCACAAUAUGUCUACUAAUUGUCUUUUUCUCCUAGAUUUAAGAAAAAAGGCAGAGGUGGAAUAAGUACUGCAUUCAAAGUUGAACUUAAGUAGAAGAACAAAAGUAUUAACACCAACUUAUACUUUAAGUACCAAAAGCAAAGUACUCGUCAUGCAGUUUGGCACAAAUAAGAACAAUAUAGUUUAUUAUUCAUGUAUUAAUGUGUUCAUAAUUUAAUGUUGCACUUAAACGGUAAAAGUGGGGUUAAUGGUAAUGAUGUUAUAGACACACUGGCUAUCUUAAAGGUCCCAUGUCAUGCUUUUCUGGUUAUUACCCGUCCCCUUGUGUGUUAUGAAGGUUUUUCUGCAU